GGAUACUAUAGACAACUUGUUCAAGAGUUGAUUUACAGACGUGGGUACUGGUCAGCUUCAUGGUUUCGAGAUCAAAUUGCUUGUAUGUUGGCUAAUGAUAAAGUUUUUGAUCGUGGGAAAGAAUUUGAACCCAUUGAUGGGUACCCUUACUAUGCUAGUGAUUAUACUUUACGUUGGGAAUCACUUACUUCUUGUUCGUUUAUACUCAUGGUCUGUUCAAUGUUAAUGGCUAACCACUAUAGAGAAACUGUUAGUGAGCUUGUUCUAAAAUAUUGGUACCCACUAGACUUCUUAUUUCUGGAUUUAAUUGCAUGUGUGCUGGAUAAAAAGGGUGAUUAUGGUAAUGACAAAAAGCUGUUGGUGAAAAUGUACCUAUUGAUGUUGGUUCACACUGGUAGCAACGGUGAUUACAAUAAACCAUUUAGUAAAAGGUCAGUAAGAGAUAAAUUAUUGAUAUGCCUGUUGACCAGAGUGGGUGAAAUUAAGCAAGCUUAUCAAAGGAUGGGUAGAGUAGUUCACUGGGGUAUUGCGUUCCGGAAUUCAGUGGUCGCUCAGGUUCUAAAGAAGUAUGAGAUGGGGAAGGCACGAGAAUGGUUUGUCUAUCAUGGGGUCUGUAAAGUACAAAUUCGCGCUUCUCCUUACCGUGUGUUGCUGCCCUUGGAUGCUGUUUGUUUUGACCAAAUUCUUAUAGAAGCUUGCAUACCUAACAAGGUAAAUGACCUAACACAAAUUAAUUCUAAAUGUGUUGUUUCUGCCAAUUCUGCUUGUUGUCGAAUGUUGUUUGAUCGAGGGCGGUGGAUAGGAUCGGUUAUAAUUAGUUCUGACUUAUGCUUGAAUAUUCUCACUUAUGAAUUGUUAGGGCAGCAAGCAAUUGUGCUUGUGUUUGGUAAUAAUAGUGACAGUCAGGUUGUUUGCAAGUUCCUUGAAAAUAUGUUGCAGCAAGGUAAUCUUCUAUGGUUGUUCGAGAACACUCAUGAGCUUAUGGACCAAAUAUUUGGUAACUAUAAAGAGAGUUUCAGCUGUAAGAAAGGGUAUCUCAAACUGCAGCUGGGACAUGGUUUACUUGACAUGUAUGAGAUGGUAAUGUGCAGUUUGAGUAGUGGAAGCUUUCUCUUUUUCUAGCCAGGAUUUUGCUAGAAGAGUAUUCGAUAGAGGCAGGUUGCUGGAGUUUAUUAUGAAGAGUACUAAAAACUGCCUAGAUACUCUUGAUCCUUGUAUGAUUGUUCUUAAGGGGUCAAAAAUCAUAGCUGAGUACAGUGGGAAUGUGUUUUUGUUUGUUACAAAGGAUGGCUGCUUAGAUACUUGCGAGUUGUUUGAUGAGACCUUGCCGCAAGUUCAUGUUCUCUGUACUAAUUUGAGACUUGCUAUGACAAAGGAAAAUGAAUCUAGCAAGGAACGACAAAUACUCAGUCAACUUCCUAGUUGUCGUAGCUGGUGUUUUACUGUUGAUGUUGAUUUUGUGCUGCUUCAACAGGGGAUACAUCGAGAACCUGCAUUUCCAUUAAUCAUAUGUUUUGGUUUUCUGCCGCUAAUAAAGGUCGGUUAGAUCAGUUUCGUAGGCUAGUCUAUCCUCCAGCGUGGUAUUUGCAUGUGAUUACAGUGUCUAAACUAGAAGAUGGUAUGCUUUGGAUCCAUGUAAGUCAUGUUACGAUACUUUUCUUAGCUGCUGACAAUUAUUUUAAGCUCUUAAAGCUCAAGAGGGGUUGUAGAAGGGUGGAAUUCAGCGAAAGACUAGUGGGAAUCAAGAUAAUACUUGUCUUAGUUAUUGGAAUCAAGAGCAUAACACAACUGUUGGAAGUACUCAGUGACGGAGUGGUUGGUGUUUAUACUCAGCUGGAAGUUGCAGUUUUGAGGUGUGCUUUCACAAUGCCUAGGGUAUUUCUGAACCAUGCUCUAAUAGGUAUUUCCACCUGGGUUAGUGCUAGACAAUGCAAACCUGGCCACAAUCAGCUAUGAGGGUCGCUGAUUCGAAAAAAAAGAUAUUAUAGAAGAUUGGAAAGCAUAGAGAUGCUUGUAAAGACUAAUGGCGGAAAAAGCAGAAGGUAUGAGUUUCUCAGUAAAAUGUGUAUAGAAGCUAUUAGUGUCGAGAGUUGGAUUACUUCAGGUUUGGCAACAAAUUACUCAUUUUCCUGCUACAACAACAUGCUUACUAUUAUUUCAUACUAUAAACAUAAAUUUGAGAUGAUUGUUGGUAUUGGUAUUGGGCAUUUAUUCUUGUGCAUGGGAAGUAAAACUGUUGACAAGAACUCUAAUGAGAGUUGUACACCAGUAAACGGGGAAGAAGAAACCGACUUUUCAGUUUUAUCAACAUUAGUCUUACAAAAAUUCUGGAACCAAAGGUAUAUUCUUAUGUUGAUCCUCUCAUCCUUAAAGAAUAGCUUAAGAACUGGAUUAUCCUUGUAUGAUCCACUGCCAUCAGUCGAAGUCUACGGGAUAAUUGCUAGUCGAGGACAAAUGCUAGAGGGGGACAGCGACAGUGGUGUUCAUGCCUGCCAAGCAGUGAUCCUUGAAGCUACUGGGAUUUUAAAACUUGGAGACAUAAGAACAAGACAGAACAGUUUAGUGAUUGCUGUUACAGUAGGAAUAAUGACCAAGUUUGUUCCCUACUACAGUCCACAAGUGGAGACCAGUUGCUAUGAGCUUUGUGGUCAGAUUAUAAGUCAUAAUUCUUGCAGCGCCGGUGUCCAUGAAGAAGCUGCAGCAACAGUGCCUUCCAUUAGCCGGACUCAACUCCCAGUUCUUUACAGCCAAGCUCAUUUCAUACCUUCAUCCUUGAGGACAAGGAUGAUUUGGAGAGGUGGGUAUUUGUCAUGUAUCUGGGGUAGGAUAUAAAGGACAAUUGUGGUAGUUUAUUAUUAUUGUAAGGGUAGUCCGGGUACUUGUAUCGUGGGUUAUUUCUACAGCUAUAUAGGUUGUGUUUGUUGUAAGGAAGGGUAACGAAUAAUCAAUGAAUUAAUCUCUCCCAGUUAUUUUA